AAUCAUUUUUUGUGAGUACUGCGUUAGUGUGCACGAAACAUAUGGUUAAUCCAAAAAUACACAGACAGGCAUCUAAUAGCAACAAGUGCUCCAAGACAAAACACAAGAAAACAUUGAUAGCCAUGGCCAUGGCAUUCAUUGAUAACUCCAAAAAGCUCUCUCCCUUUUUUUCUUCAUCUUCUCAAUCAUUCAUUUCUUCCCCUUCUUCUUCUUCUUCUUAAAUUUUUCGCUGUCUCUUUCCAUAAAUUCUUCUCCGCUUUUGAUUCUGGGCUUCCAAAUUCUUGCUGAAUUCGCUCGCUUCUCAGUUCAGAUUGAUAGAAUUUCAUUCUUCUUUCUUCCAUGGCGUCCAAACAUUCUGCGGUUGAACUGGCCUCUGCUGCAGAGGACCCGCCGUUAAAGAGGCGGCGGCAUUUCGCUUCCGCGGUGGUUUCCGGCGAGACAGGGGAGGAGGAGGAAGAGGUGGGGAUUGCGGAUACGGAGUCUGCGGGUCUCCGGUUGCUGGGACUUCUGCUGCAGUGUGCGGAGUGCGUCUCGGCUGAUAACCUCGAGGAAGCGAGCGAGCUCCUGCCGGAGAUCUCGGAGCUGUCGUCGCCGUUUGGAUCGUCAGCCGAGCGAGUCGCGGCUUACUUCGCCGAGGCUCUUUCGGCGCGGAUUGUGAGCUCCUGCCUCGGCGCCUUAUCGCCGCCGCCGCCGGCUGUGAAAUCGCUAACCCUAACUCAGUCCCGGCGGCUCUUCGCCGCCUUGCAGAGCUACAAUUCCGUCAGCCCGCUGGUGAAAUUCUCCCAUUUCACCGCCAAUCAGGCGAUCUUCCAGGCCCUGGACGGCGAGGAUCGCGUCCACGUCAUCGACCUCGACAUCAUGCAGGGCCUCCAGUGGCCGGGGCUCUUCCACAUCCUCGCCUCCCGCGGCCGCAAAAUCCGCUCCAUCCGAAUCACCGGCGUCGGAUCGUCCACCGAGCUCCUGGAGUCCACCGGCCGGAGACUCGCCGAGUUCGCGACCUCACUCGGCCUCCCCUUCGAGUUCCGGCUUCUCGAGGGGAAGAUCGGGAACAUAACCGACCCGAGUCAACUCGGCGUCGAAACCGGAGAGGCCACGGUGGUGCACUGGAUGCACCACCGCCUGUACGACGUCACCGGCAGCGACUCCUCCACCCUGAACCUCCUGACUCGCCUCCGGCCGAAACUGAUCACCGUCGUCGCGCCGGAUCUAAUAACGGCUCGCGGCGGGACCUUCCUCGGGCGGUUCGUGGAGGCUCUCCACUACUACUCCGCCCUGUUCGACGCGCUAGGGGAGGGAUCGGGUGCGGACAGCGCGGAGAGGCACACGGUGGAGCAGCAGCUGCUGAGCCGCGAGAUCAAGAACAUCGUCGGCGGCGGCGGUGGGGCGGGGAGGUGGUACGAUGACCUGGAACGGGUCGGGUUUAGACCCGUCUCUCUGGAGGGCAACCCGGCCGAACAGGCAAGCCUCUUGCUGGGGAUGUUCCCUUGGAAAGGGUAUACUUUGGUGGAGGAUAAGGGGUGUUUGAAGUUGGGGUGGAAAGACUUGUCCUUGUUGAAGGCCUCCGCAUGGCGACCGUCCGAUUAGGUUCAUCUUAACCGUUAGAUUUCAAUCAACAUUGGAAGAAAGAAGUUGGAAGUUUUCUUUGGUUUUCUAUUCUUUUUAGAGAGUGUAAUAUAAUAUUGUGCAUUUU